GCCCUUCCGUCGCUGCUCAUCCGCCCGGGGCUCUCGCCUCUCUCUCAGCUGUCGGUUCCUGUAAGUCCUCGGCGGCGGCGGCGGCGGCGGCGGCAUCGGCAUGUCGGACCUGGGGGACUGGUUCCGGAGCAUUCCGCUCAUCACCCGUUACUGGUUCGCCGGCUCCAUCGCGGUGCCGCUCAUCGGCAAGCUGGGCCUCGUCAGCCCCGUCUACCUCUUCCUUUGGCCCGACGCUUUCAUCAACCGCUUCCAGAUCUGGCGGCCAAUAACAGCAACUUUCUUCUUCCCAGUGGGACCUGGAACAGGUUUUCUCUACUUGGUGAAUUUGUAUUUCCUGUAUCAAUAUUCAUCACGUUUAGAAACAGGGGCUUUUGAUGGAAGACCAGCAGAUUACAUGUUCAUGCUUCUCUUUAACUGGAUCUGCAUUGUUAUAACUGGCUUGGUAAUGGACAUGCAGUUGCUGAUGAUUCCACUCAUCAUGUCAGUACUUUAUGUGUGGGCCCAGCUGAACAGAGACAUGAUUGUAUCAUUUUGGUUUGGAACAAGAUUUAAGGCCUGUUACCUCCCAUGGGUUAUUCUGGGAUUCAACUACAUCAUUGGUGGAUCAGUCAUCAAUGAACUCAUAGGAAAUCUGGUUGGACACCUGUAUUUCUUCCUAAUGUUUAAAUAUCCAAUGGAUCUGGGAGGAAGGAAUUUUCUGUCCACGCCUCAGUUCUUGUACCGCUGGCUGCCAAACAGGAGAGGAGGAGUGUCAGGGUUUGGUAUCCCACCUGCUAGCAUGAGAAGAGCUGCAGAAGAUCAGCAGGGUGGUGGAAGACACAACUGGGGUCAAGGUUUUCGGCUGGGUGACCAGUGAAAAAACUCCUCCUGCCCUUGGGAAGCAGCAACUCUUUGGUUUUAUUUGCUUGUAGGAUCGAUCCUGGUGCAGAGCUUGCUAAAGAACUGAGCUCUCUGUAGUGCUGUUGGAUUUUACUGUUUCGGAACAAUUUUUCUGGUGCGAGAGAAAAUUAAGAAAAAAGUUCAGAAGGGAAAACGUAGCUCUUACUCCAGGCUAGCCAGUAGUGUCAGACUCGAUUCUGCCAUUAAAAAUAAGCUGCCUUUGUACAGUGUUGUCUGUCUGUCACAACAGGCUUCCAUUUUUGCCAUCUUGUUCUGUGCUGUGAUGGAAAAAUCUACUGAUGUUCUGUCUCACCUCUUAAGAGCUUUGUUGGUCAAGAAUCCAGUGUAUGACAGAUGGAUCAAACUAACCCUAGUGUUUAGAAAGCUGAUUUUUUUUUUCCCAUAGCUGUGCUUAAGUCCUGGGGUCUUUGGAAGCAUUGUUUAAGUGAUAUUUUUGUGCUGCAUUCACAAAGUAAAGUGCAAAUGUUUUAUUGCCAUUAUUAAGCUGUAUUUUUGAGAGCAGUUUUUUCUUGUCAUGCAGCAUACGUCCAACCUGAUAUAGUGUGAGAUGUGCAAGACAAAGGAUAAGAAGGCUUUCAUUUCAAAUGGCAAUAACAGAUACUCACACAGUUGAAAUUUCUAAUUUUUCAUGGCAUGUCCAAGGCUUGCUCUGUUUUAAUCGAAGCUGCCUGAAUUGUUGGGUUUUUUUUCCUGAGAUCUUUAAGUUCUUGGCUUCUGGGUUUCUGUUUUCGAUUGUAAAAUUGGGUAUUACAAACAGUAACUUACAACUAGAAAAUGUAACAUACUGUGGUUAAUAUCAACGGUACUCACUGCAACAUUAUGUUUAUAAUAACUGAAUCUACAACUUUCUCUUAAAAGCUUUAAGACAUCAAAGAAUCAAAGCUGGAAAUAAACUUUUCCAGGUUAAAGAUAAAAUAGAUUUAUUAUUAUUAUUUUUUUUACUACAGGGUUCUUUCAUUGUUGAAUGAGGAACUACGUACUCUGUUUAUUUGUAUCUCAGUUUUCUGGUGAAUCUUUUUGACACGGAGAGGGAAUGAUUCUGUACAGUAGUUUUCCUAGUACUGGAUUCCUGUAGGCAGAGCACAGGGCUUAGGUCCAGGAAGCUGUAAUGCUGACUAGCUGCUUUCUCACCUUAUGAAUUUGAGCAGACAUUACUUAUCUCAGUUUUUCCAGUGGUGAAGAGGACUCGUGCAUCUCUCAUAGGAUUCUUAAAAAGUAGGCACCCCACAGUGUUCUCGGGUCGUAGCUGCUAGUGGAAAAAAAAUUGAUGUUUAAGGUCAAGUGAAUAACACGUUAGCAAUGCAAUUGUGCUAAAUUUAAGCAGGACUCAUAAGUUGGAAUAUAGUUGUCUUUUUUUUUUUCCUAUAACGAAGAAAAAAGGAGUCCUGUCACUCUUCUAGGAUGAGAUUGAAGUCUUUGAACUUCCACUUAGCAUUCUUCAUUUUACUGGGUAGGUAGGGCACAGAAGGCUGUUCUGCUCCAGCUUACAUAUCUCAGGUAUCUACAAGUAGGUGAUGUGAAUCUGGGCCAAAACAUUUUUAUUACUUUUUCCCCUCUUUCUUAAACCUGGAUUAUGAAGGUUGAUUAACUUGUAAAUACUACUUGAUAUGAAACUGGUCGGAAGAUUUCAGCCGGCUUGCCUGAAAAAUAUGCAUGCUCCAUUACAUUAUUGCAACUCCCUUUUGUUGAUCAGGCAUGUGGGCAAAUGUAGAAAAGUGAUGAGAGUCACAGAAUGUGCUUUGAUUUUACAGGAACUCGGGGGUUUGGAAAUCACCUGCCAUUUUUGCCUAUUCAGUUGUAAGUUUUAAAGAUGCUCUUCUCUCUGUCUUUAUGUACAGUGGUGGGCAGAAAAGAGUACUGCAGUGUUGUAAAUACUAAUCUCUUGUUGACCAACACCUGUUAUUUGAUGCUAACUUCAAAAGUUUCAGAACCAUCAGUUUUAUAGGAGUCAUGAUGCAGCUGAUGUUCUUAGUCAUAAUAGUCACAUCACUGUCUCCAAGCUGAUACUUUGUCUUUUUGAGUCAGGAGCUAACUGCUAAGUGAAGAUGCAGUCGGUUGUGACUCAGAUUAAGUUCUGGUACACUCAAAUUGCACAUCUUUUUACAGAGGCCAUAAAGAGGGCACGAGUGGGAGGAAACAUGGCAAAAGUCACUGUCCUGGCCCUGUGCAUUGCACCGUCUUCGGCUGUUGUGCAUCCUCCUUCUAUAAAUUAAGAGGAAAGGGAUUUGCAAGAAAAAUACACUUCUGAUAAGUCCUGGUUUGCUUCUGAGCUGCUUCAAGUCAAUUUACAUUGCUGGUGUGGAAGAUUCACUUCAGAAUUCCAUAUUGUAAAUUCACUUCGUUCAUUUCUCGCUUGUUACUUGACCUGAAGCACUGUUUGUCCUCUAGUGUACACUGACAAUGGCAGUCUCUUGCUAAAUGAGUACCUCCUUUCUUAUUUUGUACAGAUAAUUUCCCUUUUUGUAAUCACAUUUUGUUGGCAAAGUUUUAAAUUAAAGUUUUAAUCUGUUA